AUGACAGAAAAUGCUCCAGUGGUCUCCGAGCUUUGCGACAUCUGUCGCACAAUCGACUUCGCCACCUAUUUCCAGCCGCCCGUUGAAGGCGAACCUGCUACGAAGAACGGCGUUGGGGGCCUUCACUACAAGUCGCGGGAACUGGGUCUUCGUGCAGACCUAGGAGAGAAGAAGGCAUCAUGUGCCUUCUGUCGACUUGUCUAUGCGGCUACGGAUGUCUUUCCUCGUAGCGAGAGGGCUGCGAUCACCGUCAGUAGUGUUCUCUGCGGCACAAGCAGAACAGAAGAUGGCGUCAAAUCGACCUCGGCGUAUUACAUGCACGUGUUGAUAAACUUGAACGGGAGUCGCACCUCGACCUUCAUACAACUCCUCGCAGAUAGCGCGCAUCUGUUAGGUCUUCGAUCCGACUUCCUUGCUCGCAUUCCGAGGCAGGACACGUUUGACAUGCGCCAGGCGCUUGAGUGGAUCGAAAAGUGUAAGAUAGAACACGGCAGUCUCUGCGAUACACUCGAAGGAGACACCGAUGGAGCGAUCCCGACUCCCCAGCCUGACGGUUUACUGGCCAUUGAUCUGCUCAACAUGUGCAUUUGCCAUAUGCCAGAAGGCUCGGAGUAUGCUGCUUUAAGCUACUGUUGGCCAAAGAAAGCUUACCUUACCUUGUUGAAGGAGAAUCGCGCGGCCCUGUUUGAACUCGGAGCACUUGAGGAGAACAUGAGCAAUUUGCCUGGCACCAUUCAGGACGCGAUCAGCUGUACAAAGGAGCUCAAAAUUCGCUACCUAUGGAUAGAUGCAUUAUGCAUCGUUCAAGAUGACGUCGAUCAGAAGGGCGAUCAACUUCGUCAAAUGGACCGAGUGUACAACUGUGCAUCGUUGACAAAGCCACUAGGAGGUGUCAUGUCUAUGCUCCUCAACUAUGAGUACGCUUUGUCAGCCUACACGUAUCGAGAGGUGUCUUACGCAUCCGACAUGCUGAAUGCUUUCGAUGGAAUCAAAGCUGUAUUGUCUGAUGCAAUGCAGACAGACUUCUGGCAAGGCAUACCUGAGAAGAUAUUCCCUCAAGCCCUAUGCUGGCAAUUACGUGGCUCGUACCGCAGGCGGAGGCUUUGGCCUGCCGAUGGCCUUCCAUCUGAACCGCUCUUUGCCAGCUGGACUUGGGCGGGCUGGGAAUCGAGCGUGAAUCUGAAUGACUACAUGUCCAUCCAAAUGUACCGUACCGAAGCCGAGUUUUACAUCAUCAACGAUGACGCGAUUGCAACUCGUCUUGCUGUAGAGCCGGAAUGGGAGAGCAUGCAGAAUCAGCGAGCACAUCCUCUAGUCAUAAAAGCAUUUCUGCCUAACAUCGUUCCGCGACACAUGGUCGAUGCUUCCUCGAAGGCAUGGCGAAAUGCGCGUACUCUGGGCGUGUGGACAACAUCGGCAUCGUUCAUUCUCGACGGCACCCACCACGUGCUGACUACUGCCUACAACCACGAAAAACUGUGGCGCGAUAGCACCAACUUUGCCAUCAAAGAUCAAUACGGCGACACGGCUGGAUCGAUGCUCUUGCCCAAGACUUACUUCGAGGACUUUGGUGCUGAUUGGGUCAAGCGCGAGUUUAUACUGAUCUCAAGAAGUCUGCCACUUGAGAGUCAAAUCACGCAUUUCGAUGAGAAGCUUUACGAUAGGAAGAAAGGCUGGUGUUGCUUGAAUGUAAUGAUGAUUUCAAGAACUGGUGAGUACACGGCGUUCAGGGCGGGGAUGGGUAUUCUGCAUAAGGAGGCUUGGGUAAAGGCAAAGCCGAUGACGACGUUUGUUAAGCUCAUGUAG